AUGAAGGGCAAGAUUGGAAUCUUGACAAAGGCGGCGAAGGCUGGCGUCGUGUUGCUACAGCCGCUACACGGCGUGAGAUCGUGGAGGAAAACUUGGAGUAGCAAGCGCCGCAAUGCGCAAGCAGUAGAGGCCGAUGUGCCAAGCAUUGAGAUUGCAGCAUUGGCGGAGCCUCAUGGCGUUGCGUAUCAGAAUGUCGACCACGAACAUCCGCAAGACUCGGCGAAUGAGAAUCCCACGGACGACGAGCCAGAAAGCCAGGACGUAGAUGCAAGUUGUAGGCCAGGCAGUACCGACGCUCUCCUUAUCGACGAGCCGCACUUCGAUGCUCCUCCAACGUCAGGUCCGGUGAGACAACCCAAGGUUCAGCAGACUGUUGGUGCAUGGCUUGCGGCAUGUCCGGAUCCCGAGCUCGCUGCGAGUUUCCACGCCGCUGUCGUAUCCCAUCGACAGAUCAAAGGAGUGGAAGAAGAGGUAAAGACACAACUCGAAGAGCUCAUACCAAGCUGCCAGGAAUUCCGGGCAGAAACACAAAAAUUGAUGGGCCGUAUUGCAGACGCAGAAGCCGAAGACUCCGAUCCCGAGUCGGAUAAUCCUAGGGUGGAAGCAAUGUACGAGCGACUGGAGGAAGUGCAGCAAGCCCAUGGAUCCGCCUUGGCGAAGCAGAAUGAAAUCCGAGAUCAUCUGCGUGAGGUGUACGAAGGCAUGCGCGGAGAACAGUUCGACCUCUUUGAUAUCUUGGAGGAGGCCCUCGAAGUCGGUAAACCGGUUUCCGCGGGCGUCGAAAGUGAUGAGCUUGAGUAUGACAAUGGUCCGGUCACUGAUGACCCGAUGCAGGAGGUCAGUGAUGACCAUCAGAAGGACCUGCUGUACACCUUUGACCUCUGGCACAGAGAGCUUGACGAUGCGAACUACCAACUCAACAAUCGCCAUGAAGCUUUCAAUCGGCAGCUCGAGUUCGAACGCGACCAGCCACAUGAGGUGCGCCUAGCAAAGUCUGAGAUUGAUGCCCGCCACUUCCACGAAACCCAGCGCAUGACCCGCCGAUUUAUCGAAGUAGAAGCCGCAUACGACAAAGCCAAAGCCGCUCUCAUCGCCGCGGGGAUGCAACCUCCAGGCUCCGACAUAGAAUCUGGCUUCGUCGAUGAUGUCGACGACGGGUACAGGACCAGUUUCCAACAGGACGAGAUUGAUUCUGUAGAUCCUGAAUGUGUGCUGCGUUGGCUUGGAGGAAUUCCCAAUUGCAGUCCGGGAGACAAUCUGGGAGUUCAGGUUCCAAAGGUCGACGACUGGGACAGUACAGAGGUCGAGAUGUGGGAGAGUCGAAGUAUGCUUGCUGAAGGAUCGAAUAGGCGGCGUAUUGAGAAGUGGAGAGGCGUGAUGGGGUCUGUGGAGGUUUGA